UUUGUUUCUCAUCCUUUCUCUCCAUCCCUGUCCCACUCUCACUCUCCCUGUCUGUGUCGUCAUGGUUUAUGUGUGUGUGAAAAUGGCGUAUUUGACCCGCGGUAUGUAUGUGUGUCCUGCAGUUGAUCGCGCAGUUGUUUGAUGAUAAAAUGUUUAAUUCUUGAGUCACACCUGCGUUGGGGGUGGGAGCUCGCAUCCCGGUUGUAGCUGCAGUAGACACCAGGAGAGAGAGAGGAGAGGAAGAUACGAUUUGGUUAUUACAUUACCCGACAUAAAGAUUGACACCUGAGACAACAGAGAACACUUCUAUAUCACCAUGAAGCACUGCUGACACCCCCCCUCACCUGACUACCAGAGAGAAGACACUUUCUUCCUCCCAUACUCUCUCCCACUCAGCCCGUCUUCACAAGGAUAAACGUUAUUUACGAGAGUGGGAAAGGUGAACGCCGGAGGAUAAAAUAGAAAAAAAGCUAAAGCCCUCUCUUGACCCUUGACCUCUAACCACUGACCUGUGACCUCAGUAUGUCAGGUCUGCGUGGUAAGCUGCAGCGUGUCCAGUGGCGGGCAGGAUGGCACUCCUUCACCUCCAGAGUCCUCAGGACCAAACCAGUAGAGAGCAUGUUGGACUCUGGGACAGGUGGUACCGGCAGCCAUGGCACCAAACUAGCGAGGGUGUUGUCCACGGUAGACCUAGUGUCACUAGGGGUGGGCAGCUGCGUUGGCACGGGAAUGUACGUGGUCUCUGGGCUGGUUGCUAAGGAGAUGGCCGGACCUGGCGUCAUCGUCUCCUUCAUCAUCGCUGCUGUCGCCUCUAUACUGUCAGGAGUGUGUUAUGCUGAAUUUGGGGUUCGCGUUCCCAAGACAACAGGCUCAGCCUACACCUACAGCUAUGUGACAGUGGGGGAGUGUGUGGCCUUUUUCAUUGGCUGGAACCUGAUCCUGGAGUACCUGAUUGGUACAGCCGCGGGGGCGUCGGCUCUCAGCAGCAUGGCGGACUCACUGGCCAAUAAAAGCAUCUCUACGUUUAUGACUACACACAUCGGAACACUCAACGGCCUGGGUAAAGGAGAGCAGUCGUACCCAGACCUCCUGGCCCUGCUGAUAGCAGUAAUAGUGACAGUGAUCGUGGCCCUGGGGGUGAAGAACUCAGUAGGGUUUAAUAAUGUGUUGAAUGUGAUCAACCUGAUGGUGUGGGUCUUCAUGAUGGUGGCCGGACUCUUCUUCGUCAACGGACACAACUGGGACGAUGGAAGGUUCUUACCCUUCGGGUGGUCAGGGGUGAUGCAGGGAGCAGCAACAUGUUUCUAUGCCUUCAUAGGGUUUGACAUCAUCGCUACAACAGGAGAGGAAGCCAAGAGUCCCAACACCUCUAUACCCUAUGCUAUUACUGUUUCCCUCAUCACCUGCCUUACUGCAUACGUCUCUGUAUCAGUGAUUCUGACUCUGAUGGUUCCCUAUACAGAGAUCGAUGCAGACGCUCCUCUGAUGGAGAUGUUUGCUGUACAUGGCUGUUAUUUUGCUAAGUACAUAGUAGCAGUAGGCUCUGUAGCUGGCCUGUCUGUCAGUCUCCUGGGCUCUCUGUUCCCCAUGCCACGAGUCAUCUACGCUAUGGCUGGAGAUGGACUGCUGUUCAGGUUCCUGGCCCAUGUGUCUCCCUACACUGAGACUCCAGCAGUGGCAUGUGUUGUGUCUGGCUGUCUGGCUGCUCUCCUCUCUCUCCUCGUCUCCCUACGAGAUCUCAUAGAGAUGAUGUCCAUAGGAACACUACUGGCUUACACACUGGUUAGUGUGUGUGUGUUGUUGCUACGCUACCAGCCAGAAUCAGACAUCCACGGCUUUGUGAACUUCCUGUCUGAGGAGCAGUCCAAUAAGAAGAAGGAGGGCGUGUUAGCUGAGUGUGAGAAGGAAGUGUGCUCUCCAAUCAGUGAAGUAGAUGACUAUGGAGGACCUCAAACUAACACCUGUGGAGCUAAGAAUCUCCCCUCGCUAGGCGACAACGAGAUGCUGAUUGGUAAACCAGAUAAAACCACUUACACUGCCAGCCACCCGAACUACGGCACCGUCGACAUGGGCUCCGGCAUCGAAUCAGAAGAGUCGGAGGGCGGGAUGUCGUGGAGGCUGAAGAAGCUGAUUGGUCCGCGGUACUACACCAUGAGGAUCCGUUUGGGCCUGCCUGGGAAGAUGGACCGGCCCACUCCGGCAACUGGAAAGACAGUUACUGUCUGUGUCCUCCUCCUCUUCCUCAUCGUAUUCAUCUUCAACUCCUUCAUCAUCUUCGGAGCGGCCAGCAUCGGUGAUGGCAGCUGGUGGGCUCUUCUCCUGCUGAUCUUCCUGGUCAUCUUCAUGGCCCUCCUCAUCGUCAUCAUCCUGCAGCAGCCAGAGAACCCGAAGCGACUGCCCUACAUGGCUCCGGCUGUUCCCUGGGUUCCUGCUGCUGCCAUGCUGGUCAACAGCUACCUGAUGUUAAAACUGUCUGCCAUCACCUGGAUACGCUUCGCUGUCUGGUGUUUCCUAGGUAUCCUGAUCUACUUUGGCUAUGGGAUGUGGAACAGUACUUUGGAGAUCAGGUCCAGGGAGCAGGAGGUUCAUGCGUCUACAUACCAGCGCUACGAUGGUCACCAUGCCGGGGUGGACGACGGCUUCUCAGGCUUCAGCGUUGACGACGACCUCUACCCCCCUAGCAACAACGACCCCUGGGCCGCACCAGACGGUGUCGACGGGUCAGGGCUGGUACCCCCCAAGGCUGAUGAUGAUGAUUGGACGGAUCCAAAGGGAGGAGCUAAGAGAGCGCUAGCGGAGGAGGACCCAAUGGAUUUCUGAGAAGAAAGGAAUGAUGGACGGAUGUUUCCGAGAGGAUUGAUAGAUGUUACUGUUGUAAACACCUGAAUGUACUGCCUUCUGCCGGCUGCCUGCCUGCCUGCCGGGUGUGUGUGUGUGUUGUGUGUGUGUGUGUGUGUGUGUGUGUGUGUGUGUGUGUGUGUGUGUGUGUGUGUGUGUGUGUGUGUGUGUGUGUGUGUGUGUGUGUGUGUGUCUGUGUGAAUGUUUGUGUGGGUCCCUUGUUACUUAUUUAAAAACAUAAUUUUUUCAUUGAGUUACAAAGGAAGGAUGAUCCUAUGGAGGAAAGCUGUAGACUACCAAUCAGAAACAGUGGGCGGGGUCUUGGGGUUGAUUUGGUGAUGGGCAUACAGUGAAGGUAUUUUCCUCUCACUAUAGACAGUCCAGAGUGAUGACAGACUGGGAGCGACGAGUCAGCAUUUCCUGGUUCACCACACUCACAGGAAGUUGUCAGAGCGCUGAUCCGAGGUCAUUUCCUGUCACUGGUGCAGGUGUCUCUGCUGCUUCUCUCAUCUCACAGAGACUAGCUACACACACACACACACACACACAGACACACUUAGACACACACCCGCCUCUCCAGUCUCUAUCUGGGAAGGAGGGGGGCUGAUGGGUUUUUAUGUGUCACAUUGUAAUUGGACUUUGCUUGCAAUAGUGCCUUCAUCUGUGUGUGCAUGCGUGUGUGUGUUUUUAUUUUGGCUGUGUGUGUGCAUGUGUGCGUGUGUGUGUACGCUUUUACACCUUGUAUCUAUGUCCCCUUCAGGGUCUGACCAGUGGAGUGUGUUUGUGACUUAUUUUGCUCCAUCCUACUCUCUAUGAACCCCCCCCCAUCCCACCCCCCACAAGCCCCUGUUGCUGCGUUACUAGAGCUCAGAAUGGAAAGGUUCUAAAUGACAGAUUUGUUCUAAACAGAGUUAUGGACGCCACCCUGCUCUGCUCUGCCUACAGGUGUGCUAAAUCUCCAAAUGAACGUUACUAUAUUAGAAAGAAGACGAGAUGAGAAUUGCUCUCACAUCAGACAAAUAUCUCUGAGUGUUUAGUCACAUAGAACCCUCUAAUUCUAUGGUCUCCACCCCCUUGGGGAAGCCUUACUCAAAUGCACUAAACUAAAGAUGCCACGCGACCCCUCCUACUCUCCACGACCCCUAACCGCUAACCUCUAUCCCUAACCACACUACCCAGGGUUCUCUCUGCUGUUCAGGGGUGGGCUCGCUUGUGUUGUCCAGUGAAACACACACACACACACACACACACACACACACACACACACACACACACACACACACACACACACACACACACACACACACACACACACACACACACACACA